UGCAUAAGCCCUGGGUGCCAGGGAAGGGUGGGAAUAGGACCCAAAAAUCUGGGGCCGGGGGGGUGUAGAAACCCUCCUGGUUCAAGGCUGAGCCAGCCCCUGACUGGGGGGGGAUGGAUGGGAAGUGUCUGGAAGAGCCCCCUGUGGACAGAUCAUUCCAUAAUCACCUCUGCUCCUCUCCCCUGCCCCCUCCACGCAGGCGUUCGGCUUUCUCGGGGAGGGGGAGGGCUUCUUGUGCCUCCCACUGAAGGAGCUGGUGCUAAGGCAGAGGCUUGCCAAAUACCAAGUCGGUGACCACCAGCUAGAGGGAGCAAUCAGAAGACACCGAGCACGGCCUGAUCCCUGAGAGAGGCGACUCUGCAGCCGGCAAGACAGAGACGAGACUGAAGCACAAGCACUUCCUACUCCAGUGUCCCAAACGUGAGGGGGUGAGACAGUGAUUUGUUCAAGGUAUAUGGGAUCUUAAAGACAUCCGGUCAGAGGGUAAGGAGGAAAGAUGGUGCCUGACCCUGGGAGAAAGGAGAGAGUUGGUGUCACGCUACAAAGGAACCUGCCACCAGAUCAGGAAUGGACCAUCAUGGCAAAUGGAAACGGAAUUGAAGUCUAAGCACAUGCUAUUCUGGUAACCGACUCCUCUUCAGAGCAUGGGGAAGCUGCUACGUGGAACCAGAGGAGCACCUUGGAAAGCCAGCUCUUAUGGGCUUCCAGGCAUGGCGUAGCAGUAGAGAAACAAGAGAGCCCAGGCUUUCUCCAAGGAUACAGAAGAGAAGAUGAAUGAGAACCAGCAACAAGGAUUUCCCGGUUCCUGAGCCUCACGUGAUAGUCCGAAUGGAACAAGAGGGAGAGCCACGUGUCCGGGAUUCCCAGGACUUGAGGGAAGCGGAGCUGCCAGGAGGCACCUGUGCAGCCGCCGAUGGAAGUGCGAGUGAGAACGAGGGGGAGAUGCCCCAAGAGGGAGGCGCUGAGCCGCAGGGGCCCGUCUCUGAAAGCCUCAGGGAGGCUGUCUCGCAGAGUCCCGAUCCGGAGAAAGCUUGCGAGAGUCAGGGCCGGCCGGAAAGGCAGCGGAGAAAGACCCCGGGCAAGAGGCUGGUUAAAUCCGCCACCCAGUGCGAGAAAGGCUUCCGGAAACUCAAGGACAUCCUGGUGCUGCGGCGAUCACAUUCCCGGCUGAGACCCACCAUCUGCAGCGAGUGCGGCAAAGGCUUCAGCCGGAGCUCCGACCUCAUCCGGCACCAGAUCACCCACACCGGCGAAAAACCCUACACCUGUGCCGACUGCGGCAAAGGCUUCAGCCAGAACUCCAACCUGGUGACCCACCAGCGCAUCCACACCGGUGAGAAGCCCUACCAGUGCAGGGACUGCGAGAAACGCUUCAGCGAGAGCUCCGCCCUCAUCCAGCACCAGCGCACCCACACCGGCGAGAAACCCUACAAGUGCGGGGAGUGCGGGAAGCGCUUCAGCGUCAGCUCCAACCUCAUCCGCCACCGCCGGACCCACACCGACGAGAAGCCCUACAUAUGCAUCGAAUGCGGCGAGAGCUUCCGCCACAAGUCGCAGCUGAGACGGCACCAGAAACUGCAUGUGGCAUAGAAGGCGGGGGGAGAGAUCAGAUA